AUGGCCGAGUACGACCGUCGGAACCACGGCUACCGCGGUGGGCGCAAGCGGCGCUACCGAGAUGAUGAGGACUAUGAUCGCCGUCCUCAAAGACGAAGAUAUGAGGAACCGCCGGUUGUCCAGGUCCGUCGGCAGCUGUUAACAGUCGCCGAAUCGGCAGCUCGGAGAGUGGAGGAUGACGUUGAGGGCAUCGCAAAGUCCGUGGUGGAGAAUUAUGAGGAUGAGGAAAUGCGCGAUACCUUCAUCAAUAUCGUCCUUGAUCUUGUCUUGGAGCAGCCGAUGAAGAUCCCCUUUGUUACCGCGACGGUCUUGGUUGCGCACAGCCUAAAGCUCGAGCUUGGAGCGGAGGUACUGAACAAGGCGGGCAACGCGUUGCAGAGGUACAUUGACACCGGGGCGUGGCGUGAAGUGAAGCUUCUACUUCGCUUCCUUGGUAUUCUUCAACCUGUUUACGAGGGAGAAGGGAUCUUCCCGCUUCUGGAGGAACUGUUCGCUCGUGCCGUCGACCUACAGACGGCGUCUUCAGAAGACUUGCUCGGUCUUGAGCUCGUGAAAAUCAUCUUAUUUACCAUUCCCUACGUGAUGUCGUCUCCUGCGACUGGGUUCGAAACACAGGCUUCUGCGCUUCUCGAAAAGACGGAUAUUAUUGCAUCCACUCCUCACGCUCUCGUGGAUCUAGUGAAUACAUUCAGCCCCGAAGAGGACAAGCCCGCUGCUGGUCAAAGCGUUAUCAGUUUGCUCCAGACUCAGCUUCAAGAAGAGGCCAGCCGGGGUUGGAAGUUGAACUGUCUUCCUCGCCCGUGGAAUGACUUGCGGGACGGAGAGACCGGUGAACCUAAGUCCUUUUAUGUGGCGGCAAAGGUUGCCUUCCCUCAAAUCACUGUUCCCAGUCCGGUGCAAAAUGGGACACGUGCUCUCUUCCCUGAGGUCUAUCUCUCAGUCUUUGCUUCGCAGGAUGUCGAAACGGUGCCCCCUACAUCAGACAUCGCGUCAUCGCUCUUGAGGGAUGUACUGGUCGAUACGAUCAAUCUCCUGGACUUUAACCGGGUUGCAACGGCCAAGUUCCUGAUUGACGUCGACUGCUACUUUACUCCUCACACCUUUGUGAAGCGCGCAACACCCUUUGAUCGAAUGCGCGAUUUGGAAAGCCAGGACUUGGCUUGGAAACCGGAGGAUGUGGCUGUCGAUGCCGUGUUCUCGCAGUUGUUCCAGCUGCCAACGCCAGAGCACAAACUGGUGUACUUCCACGCUCUAUUGACGGAAUGCUGCAAGGUUGCUCCUGCGGCUAUUGCGCCCAGCUUGGGCCGUGCCAUCCGGUUCUUGUACAACAGUCUCGAGACCAUGGACUUGGAAUUGAGCCACCGUUUCUUGGAUUGGUUUGCUCAUCAUCUGAGCAAUUUCGGCUUCACGUGGAAGUGGAGCGAGUGGAUCGAUGACCUCGAGCUCCCGGUGGUUCACCCAAAGAUGGCAUUCAUCAUCGGUGCGCUGGACAAGGAGAUUCGAUUGAGUUUUGCACAACGCAUCAAGGGAACGCUCCCCGAUCCCUAUAGGCCAUUGAUCACAGAGGGCAAAGAGAAAGAUACGCCCGAGUUCAAAUAUAUGGCUGAGAUGGCCCCCUACUCCAAGGAGGGACAAGAGCUCAUGCAACUCAUUCGCAAGAAGACAAGUGAUGACGAACUCCAGCCGGUCAUUGCAUCCAUCGAAGAACAGGCCAAGGGGCUGGGAGUUGAAGAUCCCAAGGUUCCCUCCACAGACGCUCUGGUAACGUCGAUUUGCUUCGUGGGAUCCAAGUCACUUUCACAUGUUCUGUCGUGCAUCGAGCGGAACAAGGACCGGCUUCUGGCGAUCGGUACAGAGUCGCCGCGUGCACGCUGCCAGAUCAUAACCUCCGUUAUGGAGUACUGGGUAGAUCAGCCCGGCGUCGCCAUCAACAUCAUCGACAAGCUGCUCAACUACACUAUCCUCAGUCCACUCUCGGUCCUCGAGUGGGCUCUGUCCGAGUCCAUCGCCGCAGGUACCACCCUGGCCAAGACCCAUGUGUUCGAAAUGAUCUCCGCAACGGUUGGCAAGGUUACCAACCGCAUGCGUCAAAUCGUCGCUGCUCGUACCCAGCCCAGCCUGUACGAGCCCCAGUUAAGUGUCCUCGGCGAGACUCUGGCCCGUGAACGUACCGACAUGCAGGCUCUCUUCAAGUUUAUUGAGGAUUCUAUCAUCUCUGUCGCCACCGGCAGCAAUGACGAGCUGAUGGAACGCGGUGACGGCAGCGGCGACCUGCCCGAGGACGCCAUCAUCCGCCAGUGGGGCCGUCGCUGGUUGCGCGUCUUCCGAAGAAAGGCUGCCGUCGAGGAAUCUUUCAUUACCGACGCCCUCGUGCAUGCGAAUCCCGUUGGUACCGUGGCUCCGCCAACGGGUAGUUCGACGGCUGCGGAUGGGGAUCUCGACAUUGCCGAUGCUGAGUAG